AUGGAUCAAUCAGCCGAUGUCUACUCGUUUGCCAUAAUUUCGUCGGAAAUUGUCACCAAAAAAGAGGCGUGGAAUUUGGAGGAACGAAAGGAGAAAAUCGACGAGAUUUUGUAUCAGGUGAAGAAGGGCGGAAGUUUUGCGAUGAGGCCCGAUAUUUUGGCGGAGGAUAUGGCGGCGCAGCAGAAUUUGGUGGGUUUUUUGGGGGUGGAAAUGUGCCUGCAGAUUUCUAGGCUACAGAAAAUGCGCCAAGGCACGAGAUAUGCGUCAGCAAUAUUCUAGACUUCGAAAACCGCUUUCGGGCUACCAGAAAAGCGUCAGUGAUCCUCUAAGCUACUAAAUACACGUCAGCAAAAUUAUAGGCUACUAGAAAAGCGUCAGCAAAAUUCUAGGCUACCAGACAAGCGUCAACAAAGCUUUAGGGUACUAGAAAAGCGUCAGCGAAUCUUUAGGGUACCAGAAAAGCGUCAGUAAUCUUCUAAGCUACUAGAAAAGCGUCAGUGAUCCUCUAGCCUACUAGAAACACGCCAGCAGAGUUCUAGGCUACUAGAAAAGCGUCAGCAGUUCUCCAGGCUACUAGAAACACGUCAGCAGAGCCUCUAGGCUACUAGAAACACGCCAGCAGGAUUCUAGGGUAACAGAAAUGCGUCAGCAAACAUCUAGGCUACUAGAAACACGUCAGCAGAGCUCUAGGCUACUAGAAAAGCGUCAGCAAACAUCUAGACUACUGAAAAAGCGUCAGCAAAUAUCUAGGCUACUAGAAACACGCCAACAAUCUUCCAGACUACCAGAAAAGCGUCAGUGAUCCUCUAAGCUACUAGAAACACGUCAGCAACAAUUUAGCCUACUGAAAACACGCCAGAAAACAUCUGGGCUACCAGAAAAGCGUCAGCAAUAAUCCAGCCUACUAGAAACACGCCAGCAGAGUUCUAGGCUACUAGAAAAGCGUCAAUCUCCCACCUUUUCUUCCAGAUCCGACUGAUCAAAGAUUGCUGGGCUGAAAAUCCAGAAGAUCGACCGAACAUGAGCACGGUGUGCAAAAUUUUGAUGGAUCAAAUGCCAAAGUGAGUUCUUAACUACAAAAUAUGCGUCAGCAAAUGUCUUGCUGACGUGAAACUUGUAGACAUCGAAUUUGGGCCUAAAAUUAUCGGAUUUUCAUGAAUUUUAUCUCAAAAAAUUCCCAAUUCACAAAUACCACAUGAAAUGCGUCAGCAAACAUCUUGUUGACGUGAAUUUUGUCGGUUGACGCAUAAAAUGUAGAAAUUUUCGAAAAUUCUCGAAUUUUGGCUUGAAAUAUCCCAAAUUUCACGAAUUUUGGCUUGAAAUGAUCGGAUUUUCACGAAUUUUUCAAAUUUUCAGAACUAACACAAAUCUAAUGGAUCAUGUGUUCAAUAUGCUCGAAGAAUAUACGACAACUCUCGAAGUCGAAGUCGAAGAACGCACCAAAGAAUUGACCAAUGAGAAAAAGAAGGCGGAUAUUUUGUUGGGAAAAAUGUUGCCGAAACAAGUGGCUGAGAGGCUGAAAAUGGGACAAACUGUAGAACCGGAGGGUUUCGAUUCGGUUACGGUCAUGUUUAGUGAUGUUGUCAAGUUCACGCAACUCGCUGCUAAGUGCUCGCCUUUUCAGGUGAGAUUUUGGGGGAUUUUGAGGCAAAAAUGAACAAAAAUGGUGAAAAAUGAUGGUUUUUGAGCCAAAUUUCAUUGAAAACUGAUCAAUUUGAGCUAAAUUUCGCGCCAAAACUCUUGACUGACGCAUUUUUUGUAGUUAUUUUCUUAUAAAAUUGGUCUUGAAGCUUGGAACUCCAAAUUAACCUGCAGAAAAUGCGUCAGUCAAGAGUUUGGCUACAAAAUUUGCGUCAGUAAAGGAUCAGUUUUUUGAGAGCUACAGAAUUUGCACAAACCGCUUCUAACCUUUUACUGACGCAAUUUUUGUAGCUUUAAUUUUGACGAAUUUUGUUGGCGCGAAAAAUUCAGGGUAACUCUUGACUGACGCAUUUUUGGUAGCUUACAAAAUCCAGCACCUUUACUGACGUCUUUUUUGUAGCUCAAAUCUUCACUGACGUCUUUUUUGUAGCUCUCGAAAUCUAGACUCUUUACUGACGCCUUUUCUGUACCUCUCAAAAUCUAGGCUUUUUGCUGACGCAAAUUCUGUAGCUUUGUAAAUCCAGAACCUUUACUGACGUCUUUUCUGUAGCCCACCCUUCACUGACACAAAUUCUGUAGCUCAAAUCAUCACUGACGCAAAUUCUGUAGCCCUCAAAAUCUAGACUCUUUACUGACGUCUUUUUUGUAGCUCAAGUAUUCACUGACGCAUUUUUCGUAGCUCUUAAAAUCUAGGCUUUUCACUGACGCAUUUUUCGUAGCUCUCAAAAUCUAGGCUUUUCACUGACGCAGUUUUUGUAGCUCACAAAAUCUAGGCUCUUCACUGACACAUUUUUUGUAGCUUAAUCUUGACUGACGCAUUUACAAUCUCUUACUGACGCCUUUUCUGCACCCUCCCCCCACUCUUGACUGACGCAUUUCCUGCAGGUCGUCAACAUGCUCAACGAUUUGUUCAGCAAUCUGGACACAAUCAUCGAAAAUCACGGUGUGUACAAGGUUGAAUCGAUUGGCGAUGGAUAUUUGUGUGUUUCGGGGCUCCCGACACGAAAUGGAUAUGCUCAUAUUAAGUACGGUAGAUCCUACAGUAAUCCUGCGGAAAUUUGGAAUUUUUGAAGCAAAAUUGGCUGAAAACUGAUAAUUUUGAGCUAUAAAAUGAGCAAUGCCUUGGAAAAUUCACAAAUUUUCAGACAAAUCAUCGAUAUGUCGCUGGAAUUUAUGAAUUUCGUUCGAAAUUUCAAAAUUGCACAUUUGCCACGUGAAAAAGUUGAGCUAAGAAUUGGCGUGAAUUCUGGACCUUGUGUGGCGGGAGUUGUUGGAUUGAGUAUGCCAAGGUGAGGGAGAUUGACGUGUUUUUGGUAGCUGCAGAAAUUGCGUCAGCAAAAAUAUUGGUUUUUUCACCGAAAAUGCGCCAAUGAUUCAUUUACUGACGUAUUUUUGGUAGAUUCUAGAUUCUGAAAUUAUUUUGCUGACGCGAAUUUAGUAGCUCAAAAGUCUAAUUACAGAAAUCACGUCAGUAAAACUCUAUGUUGACGCACAUUUUGUAGAUCCUAUAAGCUGUGUGGCUACAUAAUUCACGCCAGCAAAAAAUUAUCUUGACGCACAAUUUGUAGCUCAAAAAUUCACUGCUGACACAUUUCUAGUACCUACAAAAAAGACGUCAGUAAAACCCAAUGCUGGCGUAUUUGUGGUAGCUUCGAAAAUAUUUGCUUGCGUACUUUUAGUACCUACAAACCCUUUACUGACGCAUUUCUAGCACCUCCAAAAAUCACGUCAACAAAACCCUUUACUGACGCAAUUUUCGUAGCUCAAAAACCCUUUACAGACGCAUUUCUAGCACCUACCAAAAAGACGCCAGCAAACCCUUCACUGACGCAUUUCUUGCAGAUACUGUCUCUUCGGCGACACAGUCAACACCGCCUCUCGAAUGGAAUCCAACGGAAAACCCUCACACAUCCAUCUGAGCUCCGCCGCAAAUUCGCUACUCAAUCUACAGUACCCCGGAAAGUACUGUAGUUUCUCGCGCGGCGAAGUUAUAAUCAAAGGGAAAGGUGUGAUGGAGACUUUCUGGGUGGCGGAGAAGAAUGCGGAAGCGGAAGGCGAUGCGGAAAGGGAUGCGGAGCGAAGUAUAAGUCCGAUUGUGGCAAAUUUGACUGACAAUGAAAAUGUGGCUGGAAAUGGGGUCUACAGGAAUUAUUUGAAAGUUUCUUGA